CUUCAACGGUGUGGUGAUAUUUAUAAGGUGGGGCUCGUUGUGCAGGAUCCAUAACCUAACCUAACCUUCAAUGCGUUGAUCUGCGUGGGUUGAUGAUAUUAUUUCAUGUCCACGCCUCCCGGAAGGAAAAUAUUGGGGUUCUUCCGAUUGUCUGCGAACUCUCCUUGUUGUUUGAAAAGCAUGUCCAUCAGCACGCUUCUCCUUGCGAUCAGCAUAGCUGCGGAAGUUUGAAACGGCGAAUGCGUUGAAGAAGAUGCCAUCAAAAGAGAGCAUUGUCGUUCGUUUCGACGAAAAAGCUGCGGCAGGAGCUGGCGCCGCCGAACGAGAUGAAGAGGGACUUUCCGCCAUUCUCGCCGCGACGGAACUGCCGUCACCUAAAGCAAGGAAGACUCGACUCAGUCGCGCGAUUUCGUUUCUUAAAGGCACCAAGGGAUCCGGCGACGCAGCUUUUCGCCUCUGGGAUCAGAAGGUUUGGUGCGUUGCUCGCCGCUUCGAAACACCUUUGCAACCGAUUCGCGUUAGCGGGGGAACCGCGGGCUUGUACAAUAUGCAAACGUCGACCGGGUUUAUGGAGAAGGGAGAGGCCGUGAAGAGGCUGACUUCAGACUUUGUACUGAAGCCGAACACAUGCGAUCGGUACUGGAUCGGGAAAGACGUCACGCAUGCGCCCGACGAACUAACUUUGAGGCUUCUUCUAAGCCAUCUCCAGAAGCAUCUUUGAGCUGCGGUGUAAGGUCAAAGCAGCUCCGAGAUGACUUUCAAGAUGGAUGUGGGUGAUCUCUAAUAAUCUUUUACAAUACGUUGCGCAACUUUCUGACGAAAUGGGGGCUAGAGGAUCCAUCGCUGGCCGUUUUUGUCGCGUCUGCCUUCCUGUCUUCGCCAGGCAUGCUGCGGCUGGAAGUGGUAUCUAUUGCUCCUUGAUGCAAUAUUGAAGAUGUAGUUGCCCUGAUAGCAUACCACGAUUGCUUAAAGAAUUUGAUACUGUGAGAAGAUCAAAAUUGCAUCCAUAUGCAUAGGUUCUAUUGCAAUACUCUGCCACCGAUUUAGAAAAUUGUAAACAAAUCCAUGUUCUUUUAGUGAGGACGAAGAUCGUUAUCGGCAGGCACCUGCCCCCGGCGCAGGUUCCAAGAAAGCAGCGAAAGAGUCCGGGCCACACGUUUUGCCGAUCUUGCUAAUGCAGAACAUGUUCCAUGGCUUUGCGCGUUUACGUUUCAUCGAUUUGAAGCUGGGAAGGCAGACCGCCGUGGGGCGAUGGAAGGGAAAAAGCAAGUUUGCUGCGUGGCGGAACCAAAUGGUGGACACCUAUACGAACAGUUGUGUGGAGGGCUAUCGUCUGGAAGGCAUGGAGGCUCCUCCAACAAUGGAGAUCGAACGGCUACUGCGGUUGCAUAAAAGCUUCCUCAGCUCGACGUUUUUGAGUACAGAGUUUAUUUUCUCCAUGAUACUUGCUUAAGAGCCACUAGAAACAUCUAUCGAUUUAUCUAUCUAUCUAAGCAACUCAUUUCUCUCUCACAACUACGACAUUUUUAGAACAUACAGAAUUCAGGCUACUAAAGUUUUUACUCUUUAUACAUAGUACUUAAUCAACUGACACCUAGCUUGUCUCAGGUAAAAAAAAACUCGCCAGGAUGAUGUACCAAAGUCUGGAUACGCCAGGGAUCCUUCCACUACUUCUAGACAUGUCUGCGGUGCGGGUGGUCGACGAUACCGACAUGGGCGAUCAUAAAUCUCACUCUGCAACGCUGUUGGAAACUCGCAGCGAUAAAGAUUCGAGGCAAGGGCAAAUACAGGCAUCUAGUGAGACUGAAGAACUGGCUACUUCUGAAGACGAUGAUGAGGAGUCGCGGAGUGACCUCGAAUUCUUUCCCCUGCACUACCAUAUGCGGCAAACUGUAGGGCAUGUGGAAACUUCUGCGGAUGACAGAGUUGGAACGGAAGAUGCAGCUCAUCAUAGCGGUGUUGAUCACGCAGCCGCGGACGACCUUCCUCCGCGAAUGACGGAGGCGAUCCGACAAAGCGUUACCGAUCUGGAGAGUUCGCACCUGACGUUCGUGCAGGAACACACAAAGCGGUUUCGAGAGUCCUGGAUUCUCGAGCUCUACGUUGAGCGCGUGCUUCGGCGUUUACUGGUGCGCGUAAUGGAAACUGUGACUGGUCUGGUGCGUCGCUUUCCAUUCCUACCCCAGAUGUGGAUCGGCAGCAGUGUGGGGCUCGGUUUCGAGGCUGGGACAGUAUACGCGAAGGAUAUCUUGAAUGAUCCGAUUACAGUGCAUCUGCCUACGCCUGAUGGAAUCCCGACCGUUGCAAAGCUUUUCGAUUGGGGGCGAUCGGAGUUCAACACUGAAGGCAUCAUGCGUAAAUUGAUGCCUCUGGAGCGGGCUCAGCGGCUCAAGUACUGGACGUAUUAUCUGCAAGCGUUGGGACGACUGGGUUUCGAGCUGUCACGGCAUUAUCUGCAUCGCUUCGGACCCAAGAAUGUUCUGUUCAUCGAGUUAGUCAAGGUUGGAGCGCACGGAGGAAGUCAGACACUGCAUCGGUUCAGCACCGUGGACUUGCAAGCGCAAGAACUCCUUUUCGCCGACAAGAAAGAGGACGACAACAACGCGAGAACAGUGACUAUUCCGCUAGAGUCGCUGAAAUCGCUAACAGCCGGAGCGCCCAACACAAAGGGUGACUCGGAUGUGCAGAUUCGAUUUCACAUUUGCAAACCGAACGAGCGAGUCUCUUUCGAGCUACUUCGCUUUGGUACAGACGUUCAAGAGUUCGCGAAUAGUCGUUACCAGCUGCAAUUUGUGGUGGCAGAAGAUGCUGCAGCUGGGAAGCGUUUUUUCCAUUCUCGUAGAGCCAACGAACUACGCGGUCGUGUCUCUGGAGCUUUUGUGGCCGAAAAGAUGCCGACAAAACAGUCACGCUUGGAUCGAAAGUUUGAGUUCGUUUUUCCAGACCUUAGGCACUUAGAGGAAGCGGAUCAAGCCGACGCUCUGGAACUUCAAGUGGGACGAAACAAGAAGCACACUAGUACCGCAUCACCCUCGGCCUCGCCGGAUGCUUUGCAGGGCGGUUCAGGUUCUGAUCGCGAUGCGGGAGAUGAUGGUCCAAUUCUAGACGCCGACGACAACAAUGCGACGGACACCCCUGUCGCCGCGGGAAACCAGAUCAAGGCGGACCAAAGCUCUCUCACUCGCAACGUUAAUCCAACAGCAGGAAGUGCCACAGCAGACCAUAGUGUUGGAUACGUCACAACCAAAACCACUAAAACUGCGCAAGAAUUUGUGCCGCCCACGCGGCACAAGAGGCCGUCAAGAUCGGGAAGUGGCGCCAGCUUAGGUGCUCCAGAAGCGCCUAAAAUCAUUGAGCAAGAGAAAAAACUCACACCUGUUGACAAUGCAACAAGCCAUCUUGGAGACAAAACUGGAGGAUUCGCGCACAGCGAUGCUGAGGCAGCCGAGACCAUCUCUGCCGUCGACCUGGACAGUCAAGCUGGCUUCUGCCACUCAAGCGGCGAAGAGAUCUUACAAUCAGAAGAGGAGGAAACGGUGUUUACAUUUCUCUCUCUGCCAAGCGAGUUUUUUUUUUAUCUUUCUGAUAUGUGGUGGACACGGCAUUCAUAUUCUUUCCCCGUUCAUCAUGGCUUGAUUACAACUAGGUCUUCCGAAUCGGUAAUGCGAACAAGGCUCCGCCUGGUACUAUCCAUGGUGCAGAGUCGUCUGACGAGCAUGAGCUUGGCGCCUCAGAUGCAGAGUCAUCGGAGGAGGAGGAGCACAGACCAAGUUCGAAGAACGUGUUUGGGGAAGGCCGUCACAGCGAAGGUCCCGCAUCGUCGCCAGGAAGUACUGGAGGAACUGGGGUUAUUGAGCGCACUGCCGGUACCCGCAUAUUUGAGCUUCUGUGUUUGCCGCGCACCGAGCUGGUAGUAGAACGUCUGCUGGAUUUGGCUCAUAAGGACGUCGAUGAAUUCAACGAGGCACAUAAAAGUGUGGAAGGAGAAAGAACGGAAGAAGGAAAUGAUAAUACGCGUCGAGAAGGGGUGGACCCUUUGUGCUUUUUAUCUAGCGUGCUAGAGACCCCGUUUUUGGCGAGCGAUGACACGUUUUUACUGGAACGCCGUGCAGCGUUUGUGUCGGAGCACUUUAUUGGGCUUCCGAAAGGCUUUUUGUUUGAGCAAAAGAACGCUCCGAGCAGAUAUACCAACGAUAUUCCCCGUGCGUCUGCGGUACAUCGCGUAAAACGUGGGUGCUGCAGUUCGGCCGCUGAUUAA